CAUAAGGCUCAUAGUCACGUCUUAUUUACAAAAUGGCUGACAUAAGUCAAAGCCUGAAAGAUUACAUGUCAAGGUCUAAUAAAGAACCAUCAGCAAAUGUUAAAUACUCGUUUCUCAGUACAAAAUGGUUUUCAUCUGGUGAAGAUAUUGAAGAUAAACCUCAAACAGAAGCGGCGAACAGCUGGUUUAUCGACGCGCAGUCUGAUCCAUUUUGCCCAAGUUUGAGUAAGAAGCAAAGAAUAAUUGGCUUUAUUAUUUGCCUUCUGAUGGGAACAUUCUGUUUAAGUUUAGCUAGUCUCUACAUUCCAUUCUUGGUCUUGAAAGCCAGAAAAUUUGCAAUGCUUUAUACUUUAGGAAGUUUGUUUGUUCUAUCUAGUUUUGCUUUGUUGUGGGGACCAAUGAAUCACUUUAAACAUUUGUUUUCUGUGGGGCGAUUACCUUUUACAACAACUUACUUUGGAGCCAUGUUGGCCACUUUAUAUUUCUCACUCUGGGUGCAAAGUACAGUUCUUACAAUAGUGUUUGCUGUGGCUCAGAUUGUGGCUCUAAUCUGGUAUCUUGUUAGUUACAUCCCUGGAGGCCAGACUGGACUGAAGUUUUUUACUAGCAUAUUUUAUGCAGCGGCAUCCAAAACAGUAGGAAAGACACUUCCAAUGUAGAAUGAACUGUACUAUGUUCUAAUGUAGCAAUAACAUGAUGAGGGUCAUGUUCUUGGGGCUGGUAAUUCAAAUCUUUCUUUUCCCUUCAAAGCUUUGUAAAGUGUGGCAUUUAGAAAGGUUUAAUGGAGAACUUUGCAAGCUGUAAGCCAAAGUCAGCAACUAAUGCAGAGGUUCUCAACCUUUGGAGAACCAUUUAACAUUUCUGUGUAUUGUUUGUAGACUACCACUGACAUGUUUCAUUUGGUGCACUUUACUGACAAGUAUUUAAGGGUAAACAUAUACAUUUAAGAACUUGCUGUUUCUCCACUAGAAAAAAGGUUGUACUCAAUUGAGUUGUGUGCCACAUUGAAAGAAACAAUAAUAAUGUUAUUAAAAUUUUCAAUUGAAAAAUUGUUAUUUUGGUAUAAAAUUUUCAGAUAACUCUGGCUGGGAUAGACAUGUACAUUGAUUUUUAUAAAAUAUGCUUAUGACAAUGUUUUCAUUAUUUUAUUUACCUUUAUUAUUAUCUACAAUUGUUGAGUUGAUUAAUAUUUGUCUUUGCUCUUGAGAUUAAUUAUAUUUCAAUUUUCACAUCUCAUUUAUCAUUGCUGACAUCCAGUGAAUACCAACCAUAAUUUUUAAUGAAUUC